AUGAAUAAUACAAUUCCUAUAUCAAUUUUAAAUAUAUCAAACCAACCAUCUCCUACUCCAAUUAAUGAAAAUCCAGAUAUUAAUGAUCCAGAAAUCGUAGAGAAAGUUUUGAAGUAUACAGUCAACUCUGAAUAUAAUAAACCUUCCGUUCCAGGAGAUCUUAUAAAUCGACGUGUUAUUAAUUCUGAUAAUCCAAUUAUUAAUUUACAAAUAUCUGAUGAUGGGAGAAACGUAGGACAUAAAGUUAAACAUGUGAUUAUUACAUGUGUAAUAUUAAAUGAUAUUGUGAACCUGCAUAAAUCUGAUUAUCAUUAUACAAUUAUUUUAUAUUCAGAAACUGAAAAUUAUGAAUUACUACAAAGAAUGAUAGAACUAAUAUCUAAUGAAUUAAAUGAUUUGGUAUUGAAUGGAUUAAGAGAUUCAAAUGAUACAAUAUGGACAAUCAAUCCAUAUUUUAGUAGUGAUUGGAAAUUUAUGGAAUUGUACUUGGUUUUAAUGCUUUCAAUUCAAAACAUUUUUGCCCUUGGUGCUUUUUUAAAACUACCACCAGGACAUAUUAAAUCUUUUUUACUUCAAAUGAUUCCUUUAAGUCACUAUGUUCCGUACGAGUUACACAUAAUGUUGCAAAUUUGGGAUAGGUUAUGGGAUUUAGUACUACAAGAACUCAAAAUACAAAAUCAAUUUAAUAAUUUAGCAAGAGCAAAAAUUCUUGCCAAAAUGCGUAGAAUUUUAAUUUCAUUCAAUUUUUGGUAG